CUGACUCGUUCGCUGACUUCGGCGCGCGCGCGCACCGCAAGCACGCAUCCAACACGCGUGCUCGCCGGCUCCUCCGCAGAGUGAGGAAGGAUAGAGUAGCGUGGCGUGAGGUGGUUGCGGCGAGUGAGCGGUGGUGGUGGUCUCUUCUCCAGGAGGAGGCGUGCUCUCUCGUUCUCUCGGCGUGCUUCGUUUCUCAGUCGGGCGUCUCUGAGCGCCGCACGAAAUAUCUGCUCCCGGUGCUCCCUUCUUUUAUCCAGCGCCGGAAAUGUGCGCGCACCGCCGGCCCAUCGGCGGCCGCUCCACGUGAGCUCGCGUUCAAGAGAGGGCCACCGGCGCGACGAUGUUCGGACAGGAAACUACGCUGUCGCAGCGACCGCAGAAGCGCCGGCGUGCUGGGCGCUUGAUGCCCAACUGUGCGUAAAGACAAACCGACAUCACCGUUUCUCGAGACCAGCUCUCUUAAAAAAGUGUUUGACGAUUCCCUGGACGAUGGUGCGCCGCCGACUCGAGUGGCUCCUCUGUUGGUGCGCGCUGGUGGCAGCCGUCGGAUACGUCCACGGACACCUGCUCGUCGACAGGAGCGCCAAGCAGCGGGUGCAGGCGCUGCUGGCCCACCAGAACCCCAUCAGCGCACUCAGGACGUCGGCGCCGGUGUCUCCGCUCGGAGUGACGCGCAACGGCCCAGCGCCGGCGGCUUCUUCCGGCAGCGCGACGUCCUCCCGGUCCGGUGAUGGCCGCAGCGGCGGAAGCAGCAGCAGCAGCAGUUACGCCGACACCGUGCGGCUUCUGUACAGCGCCAGGGACGCCCGCGAAGCUAGGAUACGGGAACCCCGCGUCACGCCCGUACUCUCGCAAGAACUGGAGGACGUCCGGAGCGCCAACGAGCACUUCCUGCGCAUUCGGACGACAGCCCGGUGCCGGGUGCCCCGCACGCGCGUCGUGCACGUCAAGGAGUUCUACUCGGACCCGAGCAAGGAGUACCUGCCUCGGUGCACCAUCCUACACCGUUGCGGCGACGACGCCGGAUGCUGCGACAGCGAGCAGUACCAGUGCGUGCCCCGGGCGGUGCAGGAGGUCACCCUGCACUUCUACACGAUCCACCUGCAGAACCAGAACGGCGGCGAGGUGGGCCUCCGAAAUUCGGUGACCAAGCUGCUCUUCCCCAACCACACCGAGUGCGAGUGUCAGCCGGUGAACGACAUCCCGCGCACGGCGGCGAGGCCCUCGCGGAUCGCUCACCACUCGGGCGAACACAACAAGGUGUCGCUGCAUGCGCCUUCGUCCGAAGACCCCGACAUGGCCGCCGGAUCGGGCAUGCACGAGGAGCUGCCCUCGGGACCACUCAAGUGCCAUAACUGUCCGGAGCCGUUCUCCCGACGAUUGUACGAAGACGGACGCUGCAGCUGCGACUGUUUCGAGAAGCAAAAACGCUGCCUCAAGAUCAAGAGGGGGCGGGAACCGCUCGGAGACCUGGCCCGAAGGUGCGUCGAGACGCAAGACUGUCACGUGCCCGAGUGCGAGUACGGAUUGUACGACGUGGACUCGGGCCGCUGCCCCAAGCGACCGGACUACUGGCCCAAGCACGUCGCCGACCGUAAAGUUCACCCGCAUUCCCACAGAUGGCAGUUCUUCGAGCGCGACUGAGCACAUCACGACCACGUCUCCGCCGCUGCUGCCGCCGCCGUUAUUACUUGUUUCGUUGUUUCAUUUCGCUCGCUGCGUAUCGCCCACGUCUGCUGGCAACAACAGUGCAAGCGCUUGCGGCAGCCCCGCGACCACCGGGCAUUCCAGUCUCGACCAAAACCGACGCCCCGUGUCGCCUUCGUCGCAGCUCUCGCCUGCCCAGCAGAGCUCCUUCGCUUUGAACUUUGAACUCUGGAUAGACGAAGGAAGCGAACGAACGGCGCAGUAAGGGCAGACGGAGAAGAAUGUGCUGGGCGAAUACCGAGAUAGUUUGGACCUUAUUUGUAUCUGUGCGUGUGUGAGCGUGUAAGUUUCUUUUUUUUUUUUUUUGCCUGCACCAUGCCGUUGACCGUUACUGCGCCUGUUUUUUGUAUGUAUGUUUCGCGUCUCCUUUCUUUCGUUAUUUAAGGUUUCCGCUCAAGGUCGAGCGUACUCGCGUAGCUCCCAUGUACAGCGCCCACGCGCUCGUGUAUUCGUGUACAGGAACCUGCACACAUUGACACCACAUACAAAAUGACAGAAGCUUUUGGUGUGCGUAAAUGAAGGUCUUUUUUUCUUUUUUUUUUACGUAUGCAUGCGUCGCAGUUGUGGUUCGCAACACCUGACAAUGCAGUGAAUCACGGCGCUAGCUAGACCGUUUAUUGCUGCUUAUUUUGAUGUCAUAGCAGGUGGUGCACUCGUUGAAAACAGAAAAAGAAAGAACUGCAAGCCGGCAUUGCUGGCGCCUGAAAGCUACAGCUUGUUUCCGUUUUCCAGUGCGCGUGAAUGUCCCAAUAUCUUCCGGUGUUCCACAUGAGCUUUGCUCGCUUAGGAUAUAAACUGUCGGUAAGUUGGAGCUAUAUACAACUUUCCGCUUCGUACAGCAGAUGAAUAAGCCGUGUGUUCUAACUAUCACUUUGUCACUGAUAUUUAACACUUACACUUUAGUUUGCUGUUAGAACGCAAUGACAUGUUGCAAAGGCGACGCAGUCUUGUUAACGUUUGCUUCCAAGCUCUCUUGAACGCUGUUAUAUUUGUCCUUGCUGCAACUGUUACGCAGUUAAACUUGUUACAAAUUAAUCCCAUCUUGAGUGCGUUGCCGUUUAAGCGCCAUGUUUGGAGUUCUACAAUGUUUUCGUGCAAACUGUAGUCGUACACUUUUACCGUGCAUAUCGCUGUUGUUGCCUUGUUCGCCCGCAUGAUAAACAUAUUACAAUCCACACUCCACAGACCAAGUGUGUGUGUUUGCCUAAUAACUUAAGCUAACUCACUGCCUCCUUUUUGUACUUUUCAUACCCAUUGAUACAAACGAAUGGAAAAAGCCAUCUUUCGUCUCAAUGCUUCAACGUAGCUGAAUACAACUCGACACGAGAUGCUCCAAUUUCCUUCUAGCUGAAAACAGUUUAGUCACCCUGUGCAGCAAAGUGUUAGUAAUAAAUAUCUUAGGUCAAACGUGUUAUGCUUAACCAGUCGUGAUUGCUUAGAAGUUAAUGUUUCUAUAUAGUAGCCUAUUGCAAUGGUGUUGCCUGACAUCCUUUUCUAGCUGUACUGUGAUGCUGGUCAACCAAUAGCUCCAUAUAGUGUAUAGGUCCAUUAGUGGACUACUUAUCCACAACACGUUAGGAUUGAAAUAUUGGAGCAUUGCUGUUUAAACUUUAGCUAGUUCGCAAGAAGUUUGCAGUUGCAUGUAGAAUUCGUGCGACGACAUCGUACGAUGAAAAAUGCCCCCGCUGUUAUAGCUGAUAGUAUCUUGUCAUAUAUCUAGACACGACGCCUGUCUUUGUGAGCAAGAACACAAACUAUAUUACGCAAUAUGCUAGGCAGUUUUUUUAUCUAUUGUUAUCUUUGUGUUCCAGUCGGAAGACAAACUGCGCCGUUUAUUCUUUAGCUCAGGAGACAGGGUCUCCAUAAAAGUGUUCCAUUUCUCAAACCUCCCUUUUCAAGAGAUGCAAUGGCGCCAACUUCACCAUCGGUCAUGCCGAUGUUUUCACGUGCGAGAUGUAAUGUGCACAUUUAAUGUUUGAAAUAAACACGUUGUGCCUGCGUU